AUGAACGUUGCUGACCUAUCCCGGGCGCCCCCCGAGUAUCAUGAUGUUGCCUGGAUUGCCGACACCUGCAAACUACUGAUGGGCGUUGGCUGGACGACCAACUAUGUCGGCAUGAUUUACAAAUCUCUGCGGGAUCAGACCUACGGCAUGGCCUUGAUGCCACUAUGCUGCAAUUUCGCUUGGGAACUGACUUAUGCUUUGAUCUACCCGUUCGGUAGCGACCUGGAGAAAGAAUGGGCCCACGCGCCACUGGUACAAAGGAAUAUCCCCAUAAUCUUCAUUGUCUGUGUUGCGGGCUGGAUGUCAGCGCAUCUGGCGCUGGCCGCACAGAUCGGGCCCGCUCUGGCCCAGGCUUGGAGCGCUUACGGCUGCCAGCUCCUCUUGACUGUUGGAGGGUUAAGCCAACUGAUCAGUCGAGGGCACUCGCGUGGAGCAUCAUACUUCCUAUGGUUCUCCCGAUUCUUUGGGUCCCUAGUUAUUGUGCCCCAGGAUGUUGUCCGGUACAGAUACUGGAGGAGAGAUCACGAGUUCAUGGCUUCUCCCUUUUACAUUUGGUUCGUCUGCACGUUCCUCUUGCUAGACGGGUCGUAUGGCAUCUGCCUCUGGUACGUUCGUCGAUUCGAGCGGGAAGAGGCUGCGGCCAAAAGUUCAAAGAAGACGACGUAA